AUGGGGAACAUCUUUCAUAAGAUAUACAUCUGGUAUGAAAACUAUGUGGGGCACCGCCAAUAUCCUCCCAAGGUGGCAGAAUCUGUUUCACCAAUAGACUCUGACUUUCACACUGAUAAGAUAAAGCGAUAUGGUGAUAUCAUGAGAAAUACAGAGCUACUCUUAGAGGAAAGGGCCAAAGCUGCAUCUUACAUUGGACUGCUAGCUUACACAGGGGGCGUCUCCACUAGUGUGUCCGCAUCAGAAUAUAUUGAAGACAUGAUUGAUAUUUUGGUCAUGCCAGAUACUUCCAGGAAAGCGAGAAUUGCAGUAGUGAAAGGGUUAUGUGGCAUUUGCUACAUAAACUACAGAAACCAAAAUGAAGCCAAAGAGCUCCAUCUGACUGACACUCUUCUUGCCAUUCUGGAUGAGGACGAAGAUGAAGAUGAAGAGAUCACCAGUGAUGAUCACGAUAUAAUCAUUGUGAAGUUCUGGGUCUGUUAUCUUAUGACGGUUGUUUGUUGUAACAACAUCCCUUAUCUUAAAUUAUUCCAGAAUUCAGGUGGGCAAAUGCUAGAGAAUAGGCUGGAAUCCCUCUGUCGCAUGGAAUGGUUUGGUUGGCCAACAAACUAUGCUGAAGUAAUGCUUUUACUCAUGGGAUAUCAUACCGUAUCUUUAGAUGACUAG